AUGCGAUGCGCGAGCAAGGCCGCCGAGAGCGCGUCCGCACGUCUCUGUGCGGACGCCGAAGCAGAAACAACAGCAACUGAUGUGUCAUCGGUUGCUGAAGCGACCCAGCCUGUGUCACUUGAUGGAUCUGAAUCGACGGCGAUCGAAACCAAGCCGCCUGCCAAGCGUGGCAUGGAUGAUGCUAUGCGUCGCAGCAUCUUUGGUUCAUCUGAUGAAUCAGAUGAACCAUCGCCGAAGCGAAGGCGCUCGAAGUCGCAAGACUCGGGCGCUCACAGUGGUGUCGGUUCUCCUAUUGACACCACUUUGCAACGAGGUGCCAGUACUUCUGUCGGCACUUCGCAAGAAGAGCGGGACUGCAGUGUCUUGCGUCUCGCCCCUGAGAAGAAGGCAUCGCUGCCUCCAAAAUCUGUCAUGGAUCACUUGUCAGCGACGACGAGUGAUCUUUAUCGAACACGGUUGUUCGAUUCGUCAAGGAUCCAUCACCUUGACCCCAGUGCGAAAAACUAUCACACUGAGAAUGAGUUCUUCAUCGAUGCUUUCUUUAAACAUCGAUGGUACAGUGGGAAUCACAAACGUGAUGGUCCCUCAUUGCUUCAGGCGUGGAACGCUUACAUCCAUAACCUUGAGGAUGUAGUUCGUUACGUUUGGAACGACAAACUUAUCAAAGCUCGUGAUAAGUUUGAAAAGCGAACCCCGACAGGUGCACGCUACAAGCUGCAUCGUCUGUCAAAGGAGAAAUGA